GACUUCGCUUCCGAUGCAUUCGCAGACAUCGCAGACAUCGCAAUGGCUGUGAAACGCAAGACAGAUGGCAGCGGUGCCCCCGUGUCACAGAAAAAGUCCCGCACCGCCUCUCAGCCGGCUUCCCCAGACUUGGACUGGGCUUCAGACGAUUCGGCGGAUCUGAAGGUGAACUUCACCGAUAGCGGUGCCCGUCGAGCACACAGCGAGGCUCGCCGAACAUGGAACUUCGUCUGCGACGUCGAAGGCUGUGGCCAGCGCUUCAACCGACCAUGCCGUCUCGAAUCCCAUAUGCGUAGCCACAAGAAGGAGCGACCCUUCGCCUGCACCGAGCCUGGCUGCGACAAGACUUUCCCUCGGAAGGAUCACUUACAACGACAUCUGAGAAACGGUCACAGUGGUCCCGGCGAGCAGGCAGCACACGCGUGUGAGUGGGAGGGCUGCGGAAAGGCAUUCACAUCCGCUGGCCGACUCCAGCGCCACAAGGAUGUCCACGAUUCGAAGCUAUACUGCACAGGUUACCCACCUUGCCGCGAAGCGUUCAGAAAGCAGACAGCACUUGAGGCGCAUAUCAAGGGUCAGCAUUUGGACGUCAAGCCGUAUCCUUGCACUUUCAUCGAUCCCGAGACAAAUGAGCGGUGUACAAAAGGAUAUCAGACUGGGAAUGCGCUGAAAAAGCACAUAUCCAACUCGCAUGUAGAGAAAAAGGAGGAAGCAGUGUACUGCAUGCUGUGCAUUACUCCUGGCACAGAGGCAGAAACACUCAAAACCGACUCUGGCAUUGUCAUGAUACCGAAGAACCCGCUUGCGUUCACCACAUCUGAAGACCUGCGUCUGCACUCUCUCGAAUGUCACCCCCCGGUGUGCCCUGAGUGCGGUCAAAGGUUCAAGAACGAAGCGAACCUCAAGUCCCACACCGAAACUGUCCAUAGCGACACUGCCGCGCGCUACCCCUGCCCGGAAACACACUGUGAUGCUAUCUUCACACGCAAACACAACCUCACCGUACACGUUCAAAGUGUACAUGAGGACCAGUUUAGAUACCAAUGCGUUCCCACCGCAGUUUCCAACUCGAAACACACCGAUCUCGCAGGCUGGAACGGCGAGAACGCAUGCGGUCACUCAUUCAAGGCGAAGUCCUCCCUCGAUAACCACAUUCGCACGCAUCAUCUCGGCCAGGGCAACCGUAAAGAGCGCCGACUCGCAGCGAAGAGCAGGAAGAAGGAGGAUCCCUCCAUGCUUACACUGCUGACCGGCGUGGGAUACGACAACGAGCGUGAUAUCUCUUGCAUCAACAUGGACUGCGAGUUCCGCUUCCACCGCGAUGUUGACCUGCGACGCCAUCUGAGAGCAACGCACGACAUGACCGAAGACGAGGCGAGCGCAGCAAUUCUAGAGCGCGACGCCGCAGCCGGUGGACAGUUCUGGAUCGGUGGACUCAAUCCUGGCGAGGAGCUGGGUCUGUUCGAGAGCGCGACGCCCAGCAUGCCGCACACGCCUAUGCCGUAUUUUGCUGAGGGCGCAGCAUUGGGCGCUGACGGGAAGAUGAUGGAUGGGUUGUUUGACCAGCGCUUUGAUCAGCUGAGUCUGUUCAACGAGGAGGCGGAUAUGGAUGCCAUUAUGGGUAUGGGCGAUUUGGCACCCGCUGUUGAUGCGGGUGAAGGGCUGCAGUGGGACAUGCUUGCACCCGUGGAACACUACAACAGCACAGGCUAGAGGCACACGACGAGAUAUUGCAUUGUGAUAGUAUUCCCAGCGAGCGACACAGAUACCCAAACAUGCGCAACAUCAGCGACGUUACUUUACACACUUGACUCAUCCACACGAAAGUUAUAUCUUGAACAAAUCAAUUGCACUAUAUAUGAGAUCAUUCUAUGUAGUA